UCGUGUGGGCACGGUUAAAGUGGUUGGCGGGGGGUGCAGCCUGCUUUUCCCCGGGCAGGCCGGGAGUUGUCGGUUCCGGUUCCUCUCCAAGAUGGCAGUCGUGACCAUGGCGGUAAAUUCAGCUGCCAGUUUGUGGGGGCCAUACAAAGAGAUCUGGCAGACAGUGGAGAGUGUGAUCUGGAAACGUCUUCCAGAAGCCGUUCACCUGUUGGACCUUACGCUCAAAAAGCACAAACCGGACUUCAUCUCCCUCUUCAAGAAUCCUGCUAAAAAUGUACAGCACAGAGAGAAGGUGAAGAAAGCCAGCGUUGAGGGGAUUGCGAUCCAGGGUCAGCAGGGGACCAGGCUCCUUCCAGAACAGCUGAUCAGCGAGGCUUUCAUUUUAAGCGAUCUCUUCGACAUUGGAGAGCUUGCUGCGGUGGAGUUACUGCUGGCAGGUGAGCAUCAGCUGCCCCGAUUCCCUGGCCUGACACGUGGUUUAGUGGCUAUACUGCUGUAUUGGGAUGGGAAGAGGUGCAUUGCAAACUCCUUGCAUUCCCUCAUACAAUCACGACAAGGCAAAACAUGGACUCUGGAACUCAGUUCAGAGCUUGUUUCCAUGACAACACGGUUUACCGAUGAAUUGAUGGAGCAGGGGCUGACUCAGAAGGUUCUGUGCUUGAUCAAUCAAAUAAACCUCAACAAUGAAUUUGAAAAAUUGCAAACUGCACGUGGCUUGGGCAAUGCAUCUCAUCGCAAAGGGGUCUCAGAUCUGAUCAAGGAAUGCCGCCAAUCCCUUGCAGACUGCCUCUUCGCUUGGGCUUGCCAGACGCCGUUGAACAAAGAUGACACCUUGUUUCUGAUUUCCCACAUGGAGUGUGUGACGCUGGAGGCUGAUGGCACGUUGGAAAAUGUAAACCUGGCUCUUCUCAUGGCGCUGCUCUAUUGCUUUGAUAUCAGUUUUUUAGAGCAUGUCACCGAGGAUCGAGAAGAAUUAAUUCAUCAGCUGCCAUUAUUGACAGAAAGACAGUACGUGACCGCUAUCCAUUGCAAACUGCAGAACUCCCAGCCUUGGAAACUUGCAGGCCUGCAGGCUGUAGUCAGAUUGGCCUGGGCCUUGGCUCUGCGAGGGAUCUCACAAUUACCUGAUACUACAGCAUUGACAGAGUUCACAGAGGCCGAUGAGUUGAUUGCAAACAUGGCCAUUGGCCAGAACGCCUUCUUUUUCCUUACUGAUGCUGUGGUGAGAGGUGAGGGUUUGCACCAAGAUGAGUUCUACAUUCGCAGGAUUCACAAUCUAAUCACAGACUUCUUGACGCUCAUGCCAAUGAAGGUUAAACAGUUGCGGAAUCGUGCGGAUGAGGAUGCCCGAAUCAUCCACAUGAGCCUGCAGAUGGGUACCGAGCCACCUUCCACAUUGCGUCGUGACCUCGAGCAUCUGAUGCUGCUGAUUGGAGAGUUGUACGAGAAGGAUCCUUUCACACUAGAGCUUGCCCUUGAAUAUUGGUGUCCAUCAGAACCAGUUCAAACUACAACCAUGACGGGCUCCUUCUCAGGCUUGACCCGCCAUAGGCCACCGCAACGCCAGGUUGUUCUGUCUAAGUUUGUGAGGCAAAUGGGAGACAUGCUGCCUCCAUCUCUGUACCUGCCCUAUCUUAAGAUGCUGCGUGGACUGGCCAAUGGGCCACACUGUGCACACUACUGCUUCAGCCUGCUCAAAGUUAAUGGCAGCAGUCAUGUGGAGAACAUCCAGGUGGUCGGAGGCAACCCUGUAUCAUGGGAACAUUUCUUCCACUCACUGAUGCUGUACCAUGAGCACUUAAGGAGAGACAUGCCAAGCACAGACACCAUUCAGUACAGGCACAUGCCUUUGAGGGGCAUCACACAGCGCGAGAUGGAUGGCCUUAUUGCUUUCCUUGAACUUACGGGCACCAUCGUCAAAUGGAGUGAGAAUGCCCGUCUGGCUUUGUGUGAGCACCCGCAGUGGACUCCUGUUGUGGUUAUGUUGGGCCUGAUCCAAUGCAGCAUCCCACCCGUCCUCAAAGCUGAAAUACUGAAGACACUGGCAGCAUUUGGCAAAUCACCAGAGAUUGCUGCUUCCCUCUGGCAGUCACUAGAGUAUACCCAGAUGUUGCAGACAGUUCGAACUCCAAGUCAGAGACAAGACACUGGGAUUGAGGUGGAGUUGAAUGAAAUUGAAUCUCGUAGUGAGGAGUAUCCUCUCACCAGAGCAUUUUGCUACCUGAUAAGUACACUGGUAGAAAGCUCUUUCCCCACAAACCUUGGGGCAGGCCUCCGUCCGCCAGGAUUCGAUCCUUAUCUCCAAUUCCUCAGGGACUCUGUGUUUCUCCGGUUUCCGACCAGAGCAUACAGGAGAGCUGCAGAAAAGUGGGAGGUGGCUGAAGUUGUGCUUGAGGUUUUCCACAAACUCCUGACAGAUUAUGAACCCCGGCCAGAAGAUUUUACGGACCAAAUGGUGGAGCUUCAAGGAGAGCUGGUGGUUGCAUUCAAGUCUCCAGGAUACAACCUGAUGUUUCACUUGCUGAAUGACUCCCCAAUGCUGAGUCUUUGUUUGAGCCUCUUGGAGGAAGGUGUUAAACUGCUGGACACUUACGCACCAUUCCCUGGUAAAAAGCACUUGGAAAAAGCAGUGGAAUAUUCCCUGGGUCUUUUGGAACUGGCCCUUCAGAAGGAGAAUCAAUUCAUGGAUUGGUUGAGAGAGAGCCAUUCCUCUGUCAUAGCGACACCCCUUGAACAGCUGCUUCAGGGCAUCAACCCACGCACCAAAAAGGCUGACCACGUGGUCAAUAUUGCUCGGUACUUGAGCCAUGGAAACACCAACCCUGACCUGGCAUUUGAAAGUGCCAAGAUUCUUUGCUACAUCUCACGCUACCCAAACAUCCAGGUGAAGCUGGUGGGUGACUUCACUGAAGACCAGACUGCCAGUGAAGCAUUGAUGUCUGGUUUUGUGGAUUGCUUGGAUAGUGAAGGAGCUGAAGAAAUGAUUCCGGCUGAAGCUGGCAUUGUACCAGAAAAGAAAAGUACACUGGUCAGACACAACACAAAAAUUCACAUCCUAAGCUUGCUAAUAAACUCCUUGGACUUGAAAGCACCAAACCUGGCAUUCUACUUGUUGGGUUAUGAGUUGCGAAAGCCAGUGAAUGCCACCAAUCUGCAAGAUCCAGGAGUUCUUGGUUGUCCACGGACCUGCCUUCACUCCGUUUUAAAUAUUCUUGAGAAGGGCACUGAAGGAAGGAAUGGACCCCUCGCGGUCAAGGAGUCCCCACAUUUAGCUGAGCUUUGCUAUCAGGUGAUUUAUCAGCUGUGUGCAUACUCGGACACCUCUGGACCAACCAUGCGAUACUUGAGAACAAGCCAGGAUUUUCUCUUCUCUCAACUCCAGCAUCUCCCCUUUGCAGUUAAAGGCCACGAAAUCUCAGCCUUGAACCAGAUGUCAUGGCUGAUGAAGACUGCUGGGAUUGAACUGCGUGUGACAUCUCUGAAUCGGCAGCGUUCUCACACACAGCGCCUCCUCCAUCUGCUCCUUGAUGAUGUGCCACUGCGAUCUUACUCUGUUGAUGCAGAGGGAAGCCUUGAAGAAGAAACAAGAAACGUCAGUGGGUUUCUACACUUUGACACCACCUCUAAAGUACGUCGAAAGAUCCUGAGUAUUCUAGAUUCAAUUGACUUUCGCCAGGAGUCCCCAGAAGAGCUUCAUUUGGAUUUCUUUGAUCGUGCCCAGAUUGAACAAGUUAUCUCUAACUGUGAGCACAAAAACCAACAUGGCCAGACUGUCUGCAAUGUGAAGCUCCUUCACCGAGUACUUGUUGCUGAAGUGAAUGCCCUGCAGGGAAUGGCAGCCAUAGGGCAAAGACCUUUACUAAUGGAGGAGAUAAACACGAUCUUGCAGCACGUGGUGGAGAGGAACAAGCUGCGGGAGUGUCUACACGCCAAGCGGCACAUGUUGGAGUCGUGGCGCCACCUCGUCGAGAUCAUACUUGCAGCGUGCCCACUGGAUCUGAUUCAGGAAGAGGACAGGCAGCUGGUCAUCCGGGACCUUCUACAUGAACUCCAUGACAAGAUCCUCAAAGAGGAGGCUGCUCAGGAACUCAUGCCCGUGGUGGCUGGAGCAGUGUUCACUCUCACUGCUCACCUCAGCCAGACGGUGCGCAGCGAGCAGAAACAGGCACUCAGCAUCCACUCCCAGCACGUCACCAUCCUCGACGGCAGCACCACAUCAGCAGGGGAGGUAUCAGCUGGCUUUGCCUCUAUUGGAGACUCUUCUCUUCACAUCAUCCUCAGGAAACUCUUGGAUUUCAUCCUCAGAACCGGUGGGGGGUUCCAGCGUGUAAGAGCACACCUGUACGGAGCACUGCUAUAUUACCUACAGAUGAGUCAGAAGCCGGAUGAGCCAGACACAUUGGAAACAGGGCACAAAACCAUGUGGCAGAGGCUCACGGCUCCGGAGGAUGAGUACACUAAGCUCCGAAAAGACAACAUGAACAUCAUAGAGAGUUAUGGGGCAUCAUUGAUGGAGGUUGUUUGUCGAGAUGCUUGUGAUGGGCAUGAAAUCGGGAGAAUGCUGGCACUGGCGGUGAUGGACCGGAUUGUGGCUAUUGACCAGCACCAGCUGUGGCUCUACUACCUCGCUAAUACCGGCUACCUUAAAGCACUGACAGACAGCCUGACCCAGGAUGACACCACUCUUCAGAGCAUGCUCAGUCCCAAGCCUCCUUUAUUGAAAGCCUUGUACUUGUAUGAAUCCAAAAUGGCCUUCUUGACAAGAGUGGCUAAGAUCCAGCAGGGAGCCUUGGAGCUUCUGACAGCAGGCGUUAUUGUGCGCCUGUCCCAAUGCCAGGUCUACGAUCACCGGCCUGAAACGGAGUCACACAGUAUGUUUUGUGCAAGAGACCCAUCAGGAUUUAUCCCAGCUCCUGUGGAGCGAUAUCACCAGAUUCUGCUCCCAGCUCUUCGACUUUGCCAGGUUAUAUUGACCUCCAGCAUUGGGAAACACCAGCUGGCUGCGGGACAGGUACUACAAUUCCUAAUUGCCCAUUCAGACCUCAUCCAGGCUAUCCUACGCUGCCAGGAGUUAACUGCAGGGUCCCUCCAAGAGUUGGCACUUUUGACAGGCAUCAUAAGCAAAACAGCAUUACCAGGUGUGGUCAGUGGGAUAGAAAUGGAAGGCAAUGGUGGCACUCUCAUGGAACUUCAAGGUCAUAUUGGACGCUUCCAGCGACAGUGCCUGGGCUUGCUCAGCCGAUUCAGUGGUUCAGACCGACUUCGUGAGGUCAAAAAACAGCAGGAAGGCACUCAAGUCAGCAGGGUGAGCAAGAAGGAUGAGAUGGAACUAGCUAUGCAGCAGAUUUGUGCCAAUGUGGUACAAUAUUGUCAAACGUUGCUGAUACAAAGCAGCACUGGGUCCCAGUAUACAAUCUGUCUCUUUACUCCUAGCCUUGCUGAAGGCACAUCUCGAGAAGGAAGUAGGCAAGAUGCUCAGUUACCAAUGGUUCCUUACUGGAGGCUGCCCAGCCUUGGGGUCAUCCUGUUCCUGCUGAAGCAAAGUGCAAAUGAUUUCUUCAGCAGUUAUGAGAGCCACCGGCAAAGUGUGACCAAGUACCAGAAUCUGCAACAUCUACCCCCGGAUGAAAUAAAGGAGCUGUGCCAAGCAUUAGUAUCAGUUGGGGUAGACAAGAUUUCAGCUGCUCAGCGGCAAGUUCUGGCCAGACGUCGGCUUGUGCAGCAGAUCAAUCACAGAGCAGAGCUGCUGUCCCUCUACUGCUUCAUUGUGGAAAACUGUCUCUUUAUCCUGUGGCGACAUCUGGAGUAUUACUUCCUGUACUUUACCCCUUCAGACGCCCAUGUUUCCCUGGAUAUCCUGAGUGGAUCCUACAGGGGCAGGCGUUUCCAUGAUUCCUAUAGUUUUGAUUCAAAUCCUGACUCCAGGCGUUUCAUUCUAACUCAAGUACACCAGCAUGAUAUUGAGCAGCUUCAGAUUGACGCAACAGCAAGCUUUGGGGAGUCCCUACAGAAGAAGCUGCUGGACAUUGAGACCGUUUACUGCAAAGUGCGGUCACGACACUUGUUUAUUCAGGCUCUAGUUCGACGGAUCCGUGGCCUUGUGAGGAUGAAGAGGACCUGAUGGUCUUCUGUUCAAGCACACAACUGUACACACCCACCAGCUGUUUCCUCCUCUUUCCCCCUCUCUUCUUGAAGUUGUGGGUUUCUGUAAGGCUCACAAAACUAGUUUAAUAUUUUUUACUAAGGAUUGAACUGUAAUUACAAUUAAAUGUUAUUUUUCACAAAGAAUAAACAUCAGUUUUCCGAA